AUGGGUAAUAUGAUUAUUUACAUUGAGUUUGAACUCAAGGAGGAUGGGAAGAGAAUAGAAAAAACAAGUGCAAUAAGUUGUGAAAGUGGUGAAAUACAGAAUGUGAUUCAAGAGCAUUCUGUAGCCUCUUGUUUGCUAGCUCCUACACAUUUAAACGAACAUGAGCUUCAUGUGCGUGGUGAUAUAGAUUGUUUGAUUAAUCUGGAGCAUAAAACAUGUGCUGUUGUUGAAGUGACUUGCAAAGCUGGCGACAAGAAAAUUGUGAGCUAUGGUACCACUAAGAUCAAUGGCAAAUUUAGCAUCACAGUUAAAGGAUUUGAAUAUCGCAAAUACGGAGGAAAGGCUUGCAAGGCUAAACUUCACAAUGCUCCAAAGGAUUCAACAUGUAACAUUCCUACAAACCUUCAUUGGGGAAUAAAGGGUGCUAACCUCAAAGUAAAGUCAAAGAAUCGUUAUGAAGUUGUACUCUAUGCAAAACCAUUUGCUUAUGGCUCUAAGACACCUUAUGCGAAAUGCCAAAAGCCCAAGCCUACACCUGCUCCAUACUAUUAUAAAUCUCCUCCACCUCCAUCACCGACUUAUGUUUAUAAGUCACCACCUCCACCAACCCCGGCAUACGUUUACAAAUCUCCACCACCACCUACUUAUUAUUACAAGUCUCCACCACCACCGACUAAGUCUCCAUUGCCUGCUUAUUAUUACAAGUCUCCACCUCCACCAUUACCAAAACCUGCACCCGUAUACUAUUAUAAAUCACAACCACCCCCAUCACCAUCGCCUCCACCUCCUUACUAUUACAAAUCUCUGCCACCACCAACUAAGUCUCCACCACCUCCUUAUUACUACAAGUCUCCACCUCCACCAUCACCAAAACCAGCACCUCCGUAUACUAUUAUAAAUCACCACCACCCCCGUCACCACCACCUCCUCCACCAUUACUACAAAUCUCCUCCUCCACCAUCCCCAUCACCACCACCACCCUACUACCACUACAACAUAAGGCAUUUAUAG